UCAGAUAAUAUAAAACUGUACUAAGAGAACGUUGACGAGAAUAUAUAACGAGAAACGAUUUAAACGUUUACGUGAAAACUAGCCACAAACUUCAAGAAGAGAAACUACGUUGAAAAGCAGACGAAAAAUAGCAGACGAAAAACAAGAAUUUGUGAAGACAAGUGUUAACAUUACAAGCGAUUUUGAUAAACUUCGAAACACCAGAACAAAUAUGGCAAGUAAACUUAAAGGACCAGCCAUUGGUAUCGAUUUAGGUACAACCUAUUCAUGUGUUGGUGUCUUUCAACACGGAGCAGUAGAAAUCAUCGCCAACGACCAGGGAAACAGAACAACACCAAGUUAUGUAGCCUUUACAGAUUCAGAGAGAUUGAUUGGCGACGCCGCUAAAAAUCAGGUCGCAUUAAAUCCGCAAAACACCAUCUUCGACGCCAAAAGAUUAAUUGGACGAAAGUUUGAUGAUUCCACAGUUCAAAAUGACAUCAAACAUUGGCCAUUCAAGGUGAUCAAAACUGGUGACAAACCAAAAUUACAGGUGGAAUACAAAAAUGAAUUGAAAACAUUUUCACCUGAAGAAAUAAGUUCUAUGGUGUUGACAAAGAUGAAGGAAACUGCUGAAUCUUAUCUAGGACAGAAAGUUACAGAUGCUGUUAUAACGGUACCAGCUUAUUUUAAUGACGGUCAGAGACAAGCUACUAAAGAUGCCGGUGUUAUUGCUGGAUUAAACGUUUUGAGAAUCAUCAACGAACCAACAGCAGCUGCCCUAGCCUACGGUUUGGAUAAAAACAUAACUGGUGAAAAACAUGUUCUUAUUUUUGACCUGGGUGGAGGAACUUUUGACGUAUCAAUCCUGACAAUCGAAGAUGGUAUGUUUGAAGUUUUAUCCACGGCUGGUGAUACACAUUUAGGAGGAGAAGAUUUCGAUAAUCGUCUUGUCAGUCAUUUUAUUCAAGAAUUUAAACGAAAACACGGUAAGGACAUUUCUAAUAAUUCCAGAUCUUUACGUCGACUUCGAACCUGUUGUGAACGAGCUAAGAGAACUUUAUCAAAUAGUGCUGAAGCUACGAUAGAGAUCGAUGCCUUGUUCGAAGGUGUUGAUUUCUAUUCGAAAAUUACCAAGGCCAGAUUUGAAGAAAUAUGUUCCGAUUUAUUCCGAAGCACAAUGGCUCCCGUGGAAAAGGCUCUUCGAGAUGCCAAGUUGGAUAAAUCUAAAAUCGACGAAAUUGUCCUUGUCGGAGGUUCAACAAGAAUACCUAGAAUCCAAAAACUUUUACAAGAUUUUAUGAAUGGUAAAGAACUGAAUAAAUCCAUCAACCCCGAUGAAGCAGUAGCUUACGGUGCCGCUGUCCAGGCCGCCAUUUUAACAGGAGACAGAAGUGACGCCAUUAAAGACGUUUUAUUGGUGGAUGUAGCCCCGUUAUCUCUGGGUAUAGAAACUGCUGGUGGGGUAAUGACCAAACUGAUAGAAAGAAAUACUCGAAUUCCAACCAAAACAUCGCAGAUAUUCACAACUUACGUUGAUAAUCAACCUGGAGUGGAUAUUCAAGUCUAUGAAGGAGAACGAGUGAUGACCAAAGACAAUAAUUUAAUGGGAAGUUUCGAGUUAUCUGGAAUACCGCCAGCACCAAGGGGAGUUCCUCAGAUUGAAGUUGGUUUUGAUAUUGAUGCUAAUGGUAUUCUCAACGUAUCUGCUAAAGAUAAAAGUACUGGUAAUAGUAAAAAUAUUACCAUCACCAACAAUAAGGGACGUCUGAGUGGUGAAGAAAUUGACCGAUUGGUUAAAGAGGCCGAAAAAUUCAAAGAAGAGGAUGAAAAACAGAAAGCUAAAAUUGAUGCCAGAAAUCAUCUGGAAUCGUAUGUGUAUAGUGUGAAACAGGCUGUAGAUGACGCGGGUGAUAAAAUAGUUGAUAGUGAUAAAGAAACUGUAAAGAAAAGUUGUGAUGACGCCAUGAAGUGGUUAGAUAAUAAUUCUCUAGCAGAUAAAGAAGAAUAUGACCAUAAAUUAGAAGAACUACAGAAAAUAGCAUCUCCUAUAAUGACUAAACUUCAUUCUGGUGGUCAAAAUGGUGGAUCAAGUGGACCCUCUUCUUCAUCUGGUAACCAAGGACCUACAGUAGAGGAAGUUGACUAAAGAUCUAGAUGUAACUAGGAUGUGAUAAAUGUGUUGAAUGUAUUUAAAUAGAAUGGUUGUGCAGUUAAUUCAACAUAAUGUUUGUAUAUUUUAGAUUUUUUACAUUUUGUAUAUAAUGUAUAUUAGUGAAAAUGAGUCUUUCAAGUGUAAGGAUAUUUACGGGUUAAAAUAUUUUGUAUAUUGUUAGGUAUGACCUCUUACAAAGUAUACAGAAUAUCCAAAAAAACUGUAUUCAUUUCGUGUUUUAUAAUUUUUAUUUUGUUAUCUAUUAUAAAACUUUAUUUAAAUUUUGUAUUUUUAUUUUGUUAUCUGUAUGAAAUAAACAGAAUAUAAAACUU